GGGGCUGAGGCGGGGUGGGUGGGGGGCCGGCCAUGGGGCGGAGGCCGGCCGCGGCGCCGGGGGCAGGCUAGCGACGGCGAGCGGCGGCGGGGCGGUGGGGCCAGCGGGCUCGGCUCGACGAGGCCCCGGCCCUGCAGGCGUCCGCGGCAGCGAACGGCAUCCGUGUCCUCCUGACCAACGUCCUCACUCACCGACAGUGGACAUGGAACAAGACAGAGUCAGUGUGAGUCAGGGGUUGGGCACAGACUCGGCCUCGUACCACUGCUCCGCGUGUCAUGGCAAUGAGGACUGGGGGCCCAGCCACCCCUUCCGGGGGCGGGCCAAGUCCCGCAGCCUGUCUGCCUCCCCUGCCACGGCGAGCACCAAGGAGUUCAGGAGGACCCGCUCUCUGCACGGGCCGUGCCCGGUGACCACUUUUGGACCAAAGGCCUGCGUGCUGCAGAACCCCCAGACUGUCAUGCACAUCCAGGACCCUGCCAGCCAGCGGUUGACGUGGAACAAGCCCCCGAAGAGUGUCCUUGUCAUCAAGAAGAUCCGGGACAGCAGCCUGCUGAAGCCCUUCAAGGAGCUCUGUGUGUACCUGUCGGAGGAGAACAAUAUGAUCGUGUAUGUGGAAAAGAAAGUUCUGGAAGACCCCGCCAUCGUGCAUGAUGACAGCUUCGGGCCCGUGAAGAAGAAGUUCUGCACCUUCAGAGAAGAUUAUGACGACAUCUCCAAUCAGAUCGAUUUCAUCAUCUGUCUGGGAGGAGACGGGACCCUGCUCUACGCCUCCUCACUCUUCCAGGGCAGCGUGCCUCCGGUCAUGGCGUUCCACCUGGGCUCCCUGGGCUUCCUGACCCCCUUCAACUUUGAGAACUUUCAGUCCCAGGUCACUCAGGUGAUAGAGGGGAACGCCGCUAUUGCUCUCCGGAGCCGGCUGAAGGUCAGGGUUGUGAAGGAGCUCAGAGGGAAGGCGGUCGUCCCUAACGGGGUCAGCGGGAAUGGGGUGCUGGCUGCCGACGUGGGCCCGGAGGUCGGGAAGCAGGUCGUGCAGUACCAGGUCCUGAAUGAGGUGGUGAUCGACAGAGGCCCCUCCUCAUACCUGUCCAACGUGGACGUCUACCUGGACGGGCACCUCAUCACCACAGUGCAGGGUGACGGGGUCAUCGUCUCCACCCCAACGGGCAGCACGGCCUAUGCGGCCGCAGCCGGAGCCUCCAUGGUCCACCCCAACGUGCCAGCCGUCAUGAUCACACCCAUCUGUCCCCACUCACUGUCAUUCCGGCCCAUCGUGGUCCCUGCAGGGGUCGAGCUGAAGAUCAUGCUGUCACCAGAAGCAAGGAACACUGUGUGGGUGUCCUUUGACGGACGGAAGAGACAAGAGAUCCGCCAUGGAGACAGCAUCAGCAUCACUACCUCUUGCUAUCCGCUCCCCUCCAUCUGCGUCCGGGACCCUGUGAGCGACUGGUUCGAGAGCUUGGCCCAGUGUCUACACUGGAAUGUGCGCAAGAGGCAGGCCCACUUCCCGGAGGACGAGGAGGACGAGGAGGGGGCGGCGCCCGCCGAGGGCUAGCCUGCGCCCGCUGCAAGGGGCCGCCCCAAAGCCACCUGCCCCUGCAGCUUCCUUCUCUGCCCACUUCUCACUCGCCCUCGGGGGCCAGGCCAGCCUGAGCACGUGCGUGAAGGGUUGGUCGCACGCCCUGUGCGCUACUCACGCCACCACAGCACUUCCUCUGCAGCCAGAGAGCCGGGAAUCUGCCUCUUGUGCACCAGAUACGCCGUUUUUAACAUUUUAAAUCUGACUUCUUUUUUGCAUUUCUGAAUGAGAAGAGUGAGUGGUGCCCAGGGAGGGGCUCUGAAGUCGACACCGCGUGCGGCCGCCAGAGCCUGUUCCCGGGGCCUGGGACACUGAGCGGGGGUGCUCCUUGUGAUUCCUUGGGAAACUUUUCCAUAAAUCAGCCUGUUGAAAUUCAGAGGGGAUCAAAAUGGAUCAAUCUAGUCUUGGGUAUUGAAAAUAAAUGUCUCAGCCAAAAAUCUUCCUCUGGCCCCUGCAGUAUUCCCCGUCACCUGCCCUUCCCACGACACCCUUCCAGGUGAGAAGCACUGCAGAGGCGGGCAGGCUUCAGGUAUGCGGCUGCCCCCUCCUGCUCAGGCUCCCCGAGGCUGCCCGCCUACCUGCCUGGGCCCCAGUGGCUGUCGGUUGCCCCUCCCCAGGUGAGCCAGGGGCCGCAGCGGGCAGAGGAGCCUGGCAGGGCCAGCCAGAGUCAGACCCACCACAUUCCUUGUGACACAGGGGUGAUAUCCUCUGCCCCCCAAGAAGACAUUUUAAAAUUUGUGUAUCUUUUUAGAGAUUGUAUUCACAUUUCUGAAGUGUUUAUGUACAGGUUUGAUUGCACACACUGAGGACGCCAGAGGGAGGGCAUUAUUUGUGCUCUGCUCAGAGCCGGGCCCCAGGGACGCUGCGCUGUGUGGCACAUGCGUGGGGUCCAUCCCGCCCAGUCCGGACAGCCGUUGUGGGGCUGGCCUGCGGAGAGGGGACUGCCGUGCUCCUGCAGCUGUAACAGGAGGGUCCCUGGCGAGCAGGGGCGGGGGAGGGGGGGUCUCUGUAGGUUCUGCCCCAACUCCCCCCGUGGGCCUCGGGCCCAGGGAAACUCCAUGUUUGAGCUGCCCUGCAGCUGGUGGGGGCAUGUGCCAUGGAGGGCGGGCGGCCGGGUCUCAGUGCAAGUGGCCUCAGUCCCUGGCUACCGUCCCCUAAUAGCGUCAUACAGGGGGGCUCCUUGUCUUAGGUAAGUGAUGUCUUGGAGUUGUAUUUUUACCUGUUAAAUAGGUAAGAACAGAAGAGAUGGGUGCCCACCUGGCCUUGGGUUUGCUUCUGGAGCGAUGGGGACGGGCUGUGCUCUGGCCGCUCGCAGGGCCAUGCGCCUCAUCUCUGGCUGAUAGAAGGGUGUCCGGGGUCUCCACAGAGUCGCCUCUGCAGCCAGAGCACAUCUUUAUCAAACACUGUCCCCUCCGCUUGCCCUGCCUGGGUACCUUGCGUCUGUGGACCCCUCGAGGUGGGGCCUGGCAGGCGGCCCGAUAUGAGAACAGGGGCCCGCACACCUGCCUGACCCAAGGCAGCAGACCAAAGCUCCUGGCUUUGUGGGUCCACAAGAGGGUGGCGUUCGAAGGUCAGGUCACUGGUUUAGAGAAAGAAAAAAGCAGGUGCUGGCUGAGUCCUAAAGCAGUGUGAUGUUGGAACGCUGUAGAAGACCUUGAGAUUUUUAAAGUGGUUCUUAAUGUUUCAUAUUGUCCAUGCCUUGGACACUUGUUCAGUGCUGUUGAAGCCUUAUUACUGUUUUCAGAUCCUUUCAGUAAACUAGACUUGCUUAAAAAGU